AUGGGUCCUCCAUGGCGGCGCCCCCAGGGCGCAGGGACAGGCUCCGGACGGCACGCUGGGGGGGGGGGGGGGGCUCCGGGGCUGGGGGCGCUGCUGGAGCUGCUGCUGGGGGUGGUGGGGGGGCUGCGACGGCGCCUGCGCAGAGGGCAACGGGAAUGGGAUCGGGAAUGGGAUAGGGAACAACGGGAAUGGGAUCGGGAACAACGGAAUGGGACCGGGAAUGGGACCCUGAACAACGGGAAUCCGAUCGGGAACAACGGGAAUGCGGAACGGGAAAUCGAUCGGAACAUCGGGAAUGCGAUCGGGAAUAUCGGGAAUGUGAUCGGGAAUAUCGGGAAUCCGAUCGGGAAUACCGGGAAACGGGACCGGGAGCACCGGGAGCAAAGGGAACGGGAGCACCGGGAACGGGAACACCGGGAAUGGGAUCGGGACGCGGACAGCGAGAGGCACGUCCGGGAAUUCCUCAAAUGGGCGGAGCCUUGGGCCGCUCAGCUGCAGGAGCUGCAGCUGCAGAGAUCUGACUUCGAGAUCUUGAAGGUGAUUGGACGAGGGGCGUUCAGCGAGGUGGCCGUGGUGAAGAUGAAGGAAUCGGGAGAGGUUUUUGCCAUGAAGAUAAUGAACAAACGAGACCUGGUGCAGAGGGGGGAGGUCUCCUGUUUCCGGGAGGAACGGGAUGUUCUGGUCCAUGGGGACAGACGCUGGAUCACUCGGCUGCACUUUGCCUUCCAGGACCCCCAGUGUCUGUUCCUGGUCAUGGAAUACUGUGUGGGUGGUGACCUCCUGACCCUGCUCUCCAAGUUCGGGGACUGUCUCCCCCUGCCCCUGGUUCGGUUCUACCUGGCGGAGCUGGUGCUGGCCAUAGACAGCGUGCACCGGCUGGGAUACGUGCACCGGUAUGUGAAUGGCAGCCCCCUGCUGCAGGCGCUGUCCGUCAGCCGCUGCAGAACCACCUCCCCUAUAUCCCUAUCCCUAUACACCAUAUGUACCCCAUAUCCAUCCCAUACCAUCGCUAUGGGCAGGUAG